CGUGACAAGACCAAGAUGGCCGACGGGGAAGACCGGUCCCGGGCGGGGCAGGAGCCGGAGCCGGAGCCGGAGCCGGGAGAAGAGUUUGAGAUCGUGGACCGGAGCCAGCUGCCGGGCCCAGGCGAACUGCGGAGGGUGGCGAAGCCGCGUGCGGCGGCGGAAGGCUGGUCGGCGCCCAUCCUGACCCUGGCGCGGAGGGCCACUGGCAACCUGUCGGCGAGCUGCGGCAGCGCGCUGCGCGCGGCCGCUGGCCUGGGCGGCGCGGACGGCGGCGCGGGCGGCGCGGACGGCGCGGCGCGCGCAGCUUCCAAGUGCCAGAUGAUGGAGGAGCGUGUCAACCUGAUGCACAUGAUGAAACUCAGCAUCAAGGUCUUGCUCCAGUCCGCCCUGAGCCUGGGCCGCAGCCUGGAUGCAGACCAUGCCCCCUUGCAGCAGUUCUUUGUAGUGAUGGAGCACUGCCUCAAACAUGGGCUGAAAGUUAAGAAGAGUUUUAUUGGCCAAAAUAAAUCUUUCUUUGGUCCUUUGGAGCUGGUGGAGAAACUUUGUCCAGAAGCAUCAGAUAUAGCCACUAGUGUCAGAAAUCUGCCAGAAUUAAAGACAGCUGUGGGAAGGGGCAGAGCUUGGCUUUAUCUUGCACUCAUGCAGAAGAAACUGGCAGAUUAUCUGAAAGUGCUUAUAGACAAUAAACAUCUCUUAAGUGAGUUCUAUGAGCCUGAGGCAUUAAUGAUGGAGGAAGAAGGGAUGGUGAUUGUUGGUCUGCUGGUGGGACUCAAUGUGCUUGAUGCCAACCUCUGUUUAAAAGGAGAAGACUUGGAUUCUCAGGUUGGAGUGAUCGAUUUUUCUCUCUACAUUAAGGAUGUGCAGGAUCUUGAUGGUGGCAAAGAGCAUGAAAGAAUUACUGAUGUCCUUGAUCAAAAAAAUUAUGUGGAAGAACUUAACCGGCACUUAAGCUGCACAGUUGGGGAUCUUCAAACCAAGAUAGAAGGGCUGGAAAAGACUAAUUCAAAGCUUCAAGAAGAGCUUUCAGCUGCAACAGACCGAAUUUGUUCACUUCAAGAAGAACAGCAACAAUUAAGAGAACAAAAUGAAUUAAUUCGUGAGAAAAGCGAAAAAAGCGUAGAGAUAACAAAACAGGAUACAAAAGUUGAGCUGGAGACUUACAAGCAGACUCGGCAAGGUCUGGAUGAAAUGUACAAUGAUGUGUGGAAGCAGCUGAAGGAGGAGAAGAAAGCCCGUUUGGAACUAGAAAAAGAACUGGAGCUACAAAUUGGAAUGAAAACCGAAAUGGAAAUCGCAAUGAAGUUACUAGAAAAGGACACUCACGAGAAGCAGGACACUCUAGUUGCCCUGCGCCAGCAGCUGGAAGAAGUCAAAGCAAUUAACUUACAGAUGUUUCACAAAGUUCAGAAUGCGGAGAGCAGUUUACAACAGAAGAAUGAAGCCAUCACAUCUUUUGAAGAAAAAACCAAUCAAGUUAUGUCCAGCAUGAAACAAAUGGAAGAAAGGUUACAGCACUCAGAGAGGGCGAGGCAGGGGGCCGAGGAGCGGAGCCACAAGCUGCAGCAGGAGCUCGGCGGGAGGAGCAGCGCUCUGCAGCAACAGCUCUCCCAGCUGCUCGAGCAGUGCUCAAGUCUAGAGCAAGAGUUGAAAUCAGAAAAAGAGCAAAGACAGGCUCUUCAGCGAGAAUUACAGCAUGAGAAAGACACUUCCUCUCUACUACGAGCAGAGCUACAGCAAGUAGAAGGAUUAAAAAAGGAGCUGCGGGAGCUCCAGGAUGAGAAGACAGAAUUACAGAAGGUUUGUGACGAGCAGGAACAAGCCCUCCAGGAAAUGGGUCUGCACCUCAGCCAGUCAAAGCUGAAGAUGGAAGACAUCAAAGAAGUAAAUAAGGCACUGAAGGGCCAUACUUGGCUGAAAGACGAUGAAGCCACGCACUGUAAGCAGUGUGAAAAGGAGUUUUCCAUUUCCCGGAGAAAGGUAUGUGGGGUAGCCCUGCACUCGCUCGCUCAGGGGCUGAGUUCGUGCCCUGCCUGGGCUCUCCUUCCUCUGGUUCUGGAAAAGGCCUGUGGGGCUAGGCCCACUGCAUUGUGUUCAUGCUCACUGGUCUGCUGGCCUAUGCAGACGACCUUCCAGCCUGCCCCCUUUCAGGGACCCCAGCCGGUAAGUUACAGGCCUUGUCUCCAUCACAGUCCUCUCAAUGAUUUGGGAGUUGGGGCUGCUUGUUUGCAGAAAUGGUCUAAGUGUGUAUAUCAACUGAAAAUUCUUUGGAAGCAAUAGGACCAAAAUCUAAGUUAGGCAAAAACAGAAUCCAUGGGGAACCCAUGGGCAAUUUAAGUCUCAGGACAGGCAUCCAGGUGGCACCAAAAGGUAACUGGCAAUCUGGGCAGGGCACUUGCCCCUAGUGAAUGCCUGUGUAGCCUGUCUUCAGGUUCCGGAAGAGAAGGUCUUGGGCCCAGCCUUUGGUCCAGGGUUGACAGGGCCUUUAUUGACCAGUUGGGCAGGACAGGGGCAGGAUAUAGAUCUCACACAAAAUAGAGCCUUUACUAAGGCUCCCCACACUGAAUGGCCCAGUUCAAGGUCCAUUGUCUAGCCUGACUGGGGGAUUAGGGGGCAGUUGGCAGAAGUGAUGUAUAGAGGGACACACAGGUCCUUGUCUUGGCGUCUGCCAUGUGCUCAAGGUUUAAACAGCAGCCCUGUUUACAAAAGCAAGAUGCCCUUCUCAUGAGGGGCUGGCUAAAGAAACCUUGGGUCACCACCAUAGAAUGUAGUGACUGCAGAGAAUGAACCCAGGCUCUUUAAGUAGCACGGACUACCAACUCAGUGAGUUAAGAGCUGUCAAGUCCAAUAAAACACAAAAAAAAGAACCUUAACUCACCCCUCCAAAACUCCAUGGAUUUUACAGGAACAUAAAUGUAGAAACAAGGUCUACAAGAACCCAUUCCAAAUUGGUACAUGCCUCACUGAUACAUGAGGGAAGGAUUUUAAAGCAUUAAACUUUUAAAGGUCGAUAAACUAGAGCAGGUGUGCAGACCCAGGCAGCUCAGCGUGUUCUGAGUGUGAGUUCUUUUCCAUC